AUGGCACCCUCUUCCACAUCCUCCUCAGCACCCGCUGGCCAACAACUCCCCACCAACUCCUCCUUUGCCGAACCUGAAAAGACGACCGAAUACGCAUCCAUCAUCCCCCAACCACGCAGCAAUGAAAACGACCAAGACCGUCUCCAACUCCAACGCACAGUCUCUUCCGUCAGCCACCACGACAUGGCCAACGUCCAAUACAUCGCCACCGGCGACAACGACGUCAUCUACAACAAAUUCACCGAGCGCCGCAAAAUGGUCAUUACCGAACGCGCAACAGCCCUAGGCUGGUUCCUCAGCGGCACCCUCAUCGGCCCCGCCCUCGGCCCCUUCAUCGGCGGCAUAAUCGUAACAUUCCGUUCCUGGCGCGACAUCUUCUGGCUGCAAACCGCCCUCGCCGGCGCCGCAACCCUCUUCUGCUUCUUUCUGCAACCCGAAACCAUCCACAAAAAGCGUGCGGAUGAGCUCGAAGGCCUUCCCACCAAAGAACGCGCACACAAAAUGUGGCAGUGGCUAAACCCUUUCCGUGUGGUGAAACUAUACCGGUACCCGAAUAUCCUCUUAACGGCACUGGCGAGUAGUAGUCUCGUGUGGAAUAUGUACUCCCUCCUAACCCCAAUCCGCUACGUACUAAACCCACGCUUCGAUCUCCAAUCCCCCCUCCAAUCCGGCCUCUUCUACAUCGCCCCCGGCUGCGGCUACCUCCUGGGCACCUUCUUCGGCGGCCGCUACGCCGACCACAUUGUCAAGAAAUACAUCCUUCUCCGCGGCCACCGCGUCUCCGAAGACCGCCUCCGCUCCUGCGUCUUCUUCCUCGGGGUCGUCAUUCCCGCCUGCAUGCUGAUCUACGGGUGGAGCGUCGAGAAAAGGGUUGGCGGCAUCGCGCUGCCUGUUGUAAUGAUGUUUCUCCAAGGUGUGGCGCAACUGUUUUGUUUCCCCAGUUUGAAUACGUAUUGUUUGGAUGUUAUGCAGGGCAGGAGUGCGGAGGUUGUGGCGGGGAAUUAUUUUAUGCGGUAUAUGUUUGCGGCGGGUGGGUCGGCGGUUUGUCUUCCUGCCGUUAGAGCUAUCGGCGUGGGCUGGUUCAGUACCAUCAGCGCGGGCUUUUUGGUAGCGGGCGCGGGUGCGACGUGGUUGACUGCUGUGAAGGGUAGAGAAUGGAGAGAGGCGAUUGAGGAGAGGAAGGCGCAGAGGAAGGAGGAGGGGAUGGCUUAG